GGGAAGAGGCGGCAGCAGCAGCAGCAGCAGCAUGGCGGCCGGGCGCGAGCGGCUGAGCGCGCCGCCGCCUCUGCCGCCUCUUCCUGCCGCCGCUGCUGCUGCUCCCGAGCCGGAGCUCGCGAGCCCUCUGCCCAAAUAACCGCCCUGCCCGGUCCUGCCCCGCCCGGAGAGCGCCCGGCCAUGGAGCUCGCUAAGCCGGCCUUCCCCGCGCUGCCGCAGGCCAAAGAGGACUCUGAGGUACAAUUUGGCUUUAGAUGAGGAAGGGGAAGCUUUGAAAUGGGCUUUUUUUCCUUUCUCUUGCUGGUUCCUUCACUCUGACACAGUAGUCAAAGUGCUUCAGAUGGUCCUCGGCAUUUCACUUGUGUGAGUACAAACUAGAGCAGGUAUAUAUUGUGAACACCCUCAGCAAGACACCUGAGGUAUCUUUUAAACUUGUCCAUCAGUGAAUCACAGUCCAGUUUGGGAAAAUGUGUCAAAGGAUUGGACCUAUCCCAUGAGGAGAGAGAUGCAGGAAAUUUUACCUGGGUUAUUUUUAGGCCCAUAUUCUUCGGCUAUGAAAAGCAAGCUACCUAUACUUCAGAAACAUGGAAUAACCCAUGUAAUAUGCAUACGGCAAAACAUCGAAGCAAACUUUAUUAAACCAAACUUCCAACAGUUAUUUAGGUAUUUAGUCUUGGAUAUUGCAGAUAAUCCAGUUGAGAACAUAAUACGAUUUUUCCCUACGACUAAAGAAUUUAUUGAUGGAAGUUUACAAAGUGGAGGGAAAGUUCUUGUCCAUGGAAAUGCAGGGAUUUCUAGAAGUGCUGCCUUAGUUAUUGCAUACAUAAUGGAAACAUUUGGGGUGAAGUACAGGGACGCAUUUACUUACGUUCAAGAGAGAAGAUUCUGUAUUAAUCCUAAUGCUGGAUUUGUCCAUCAACUUCAGGAAUAUGAAGCCAUCUAUCUAGCAAAAUUAACCAUCCAGAUGAUGUCACCACUGCAGCUGGAGAGAUCCCUCUCAGUUCCACCUGGCACUACAGGAAGUUUGAAGCGAGUGCACGAGGAGGACGAGGAGCUCAGCACCAUGCAGGUGGCUGCGGCGCAGAACAGCUGAGACCGAUGGGCCAGCGCUCUUCACCCUGUGAGUCCCUGCCCAGAAAGGGGAAAAAAAAAAGAGUUCCUAAUGCAGGACCAUGAACACACACAGAGCUUCUGUUCAAUUACAUGUUGCUUUCAGAUAUAAGUCUGCCUCUGCAACACACUAAGCAUCAUUUUUAAGAUGUUGGACUUCUUGAAUGAAUAGAUGGCACUGAUUGUUUUACUCCCUUUUUUACACUUUACAGUUUUAUUCUAAACCAAGAUUUUUUGGACUUGCAAAGAGGUAUUAUUGCAAUAAUGCACUUUUCAUACUUGAAAUUUCUUUAUUUGUAUGAUAUAAAGUUAUUACUUUAAACAAAAUGCAAGUUGG